AUGAAGGCCGUGCGCCACGUGCUGUUCGCCGUGUUGGCCCUCACGCUGUGCUGCGCGGCUGCGUGCAUGGCGGCUUCCGAGGCACAGCAACGAAUGCUUAAGGUGUCGUGCAAGGAGGACGGCACGACGCUUGUGCGGUACGAGGAUGAAACCGCCCUGACAAGGUGCGAGGAGCAUGCGGAACGCGACUCCUGCGCCUUUUUUGAGCCCAUGUGCCAAAGCCUAAAGAAAAAGUUCCCGGAUGAUACGGGGCGCUGGACCUUCUCAUACUAUUCGAAUCGCGAGGACCCUGAGGAGGAGGAGGAGGAAAUGGACUUGGCGCCCGCGGGGCCGGGGGAAAGGGCAGCCGUGGCCCCCGACGCAUCACCACGCGAGGGUGACGCCGAGGAGGUGCCGCCGGCAGGGGGCGCUGGUGCUGAUGCCGCUGCAGUUGGGGCCCGGCCGCAGGAAGCCGCUGUCGGCACGCGAAGCGCUGGCGCCGCCCCGGAUGCGGCAGCGGCAGCGCAGCCGGGUGGGCAGAGCGAGGCCUCUCAAGACGCGUACAGCACGCGGUUGGAGAUGGCUUUGGCCGCCGGUGAGAGAAAUGUGCUGAACGGCACCGUUACCGUGACAAAUGACGUCACACGUAAAGCCGAUGAUGAACGCCGUCUCGAGGGCGCAGGCCAGGCUGCUCCCAAUGUGGUCGUUCGGCCAUGGUGCGGACGCCGGUGA